UUACAAAAGCCCCCACUCCCCUUUAAGCUGUUCCCUAAUAAAUCAAAAACUAACAAAACCUAAGCCUUGAAGCAAAGCCAAAUUCACAGCACUUUAUUUUCCAUGGAGAAUUUGAGAUCUAACUCAACAAGAGAAGGAAAGAUGAAAAUGGAAAGCUACUAUGCUCCUACAACCAUGAAAGAUUUAAGAAGUUUCAGCACAUCUCGAGCACAUUAUGAUGCUUCUCCUUCUCCAUCUCCUCCUCCCUACAAGGAGCUGAAGUUGAAGAACGGCAAGGCUGGCAGAGGUCCAUCGGGUUUUGCCUCGAAGAGUUGGAGCUUGAAUGAGUCGGAGUUGCAGAGGAAGAAGAGAGUGGCAGGGUACAAGGCCUACAGUGUGGAGGGGAAGAUGAAGGGCUCGUUCAGAAAGAGCGUUAAGUGGAUCAAGAACUCCUGCAGUCAUGUGGUUUAUGGAUGGUGGUGAUUGCUUCUCUCUAGCUCCUGUUGUUGAAUCUUGAUGCCUUCUCUCUGGUGCCCAUUUUCUUUUUUAACUAUUUCAGACUUCUUUUUGGGGUUAAUACACAAUACUAUAAUGCUACAGGACCGGACUCGGAUUACUCUCACAAUAGUGGGAUACCGGAUAAUGCAACAAAAAAUACAGUACUACAUCAUGGAUCACUAUGACAAAAACUCUAUUUAUCAUGCAUCAGAAUGCAACUAUAUGUUGAUUCUAUAAUAUAAAGAUAUAGUGUAAUGGAGUGUUCUUGGCCUGGUUUGAUUAUGAAUUAUUUUCUGUGUUUCUUGAUA